GUUAUUUGGAAUUUCGUUAGAGGUAAUAAUUAUAUAUUACUGCAACAUCAUUUGGAAAUACAAAUUUAAUGGAAUGACUGUAACCCAGCGUGGAGUCUAUUUUGCUUGAGAAAUUGGAUUUGAGAUUGGGUAUGGGGUUCGUUUGAUGCGGUGAGAAGUUAGUUGUAGACAUUCAGUGCUCAAUAUACACUGUUCCUAACUUGAAGUUCAUCAUCCUGAGUAUCUAUAGAAAAUUAAAUCAUAUAAUUGGGGAAAAAAGGUUUCGGUAAAGUGUAUAUUGAUAACUAGUUUGCCUGAAACAGUUUCUUUUCAUGACACAGGUCCAGGAACGAUUUGAAGUUCUAAAGAAGCGGAAAGAUACUGGAGGCUUUACUGAGCAAGAUUUUGACGAGCGGAUCUUAAGGCAGCAGCAAGAAGAGGAAGAAAGGAAGCGCCAACGGCGAGAAAGAAAGAAAGAGAAGAAAGAGAAGGCAGCAGAGGAGGAAAUCGAGGUAGACCCUGAUGUUGCAGCUAUGAUGGGAUUUGGGGGUUUUGGGUCAUCCAAAAAGUGAUCAUACUUGACUAUCCCUUCCAAAUUGAGAAGAGCUUGAUUUGCACACGAAUCUGGAAGAGGUCUUUCUUCCUUAUAACUAUUUAUUUGACUCUGGAAGUGGAAAGUGUCAGAAGCAGCUUAGUCUACUCUCAUGGUUCUGUCAUUAAAGGCAACACUCUCCUAAAUGUUACCAGCGGAAACAUGUGCAUGGCCUUUCUUAUAAAUUUUACUGCAAUAUUUGACUACAUGAAGCAGGCUAUCUUUUAUUGGCAUCCAUUGUUGUGGGUAAAAUUAUGUUAUCGAAGAGUCCUUUUUUUUAUUUUUUUUUUCAAGUAUUGGGUCAUAAGUUACUUUAUUUGAGGUUAAAAUUCACUCUGGUGAGCAUACGAUAAAAUGGGGUAAUUUGAGAUGGAUCUUACCAUUUUGAAUAGAGCCCAAGUUUUCUCUCUUUUGAAGUAGUUACUUGUUUUCAUUGAAUUGUAACUUGACCUUGAGUUGUA